GCGGCGGCAGGCACAGAUUGCGGGGCGGGUAGUUCAGAUUUGUUGACCAAUUUGAGGGAAAGAGUAAUGUGAAGUGAAAUUACGUGUUCUUGUUUGGCUCGGAAAGGAAUUAAAUAUCGAAUGAAAUGAAGGUAGAGGUGAAGGAGAACGAAUUUGGACGAAAAGAGGCACCAGUUUAAAGCCCUGCCACGGCUGAAAUGAUGCACUGGGUAACAGUUUCUACAUGUUUGGUGUAUAUAACUUGACUAAGAAGCAGGCUUCACACUUCUAACUUCAAGUUAAAUCACGCUUUACUUCGCAGUGUUCCAAAGCGCUGACUCUGAAGACUCCUUACAGAAAACGUCACCACAUUCUGCCGCACUAACUGCCCUGUGUUAGUUGGGAUUUGAUUACUGUACAUCCCGUGCUGUUAUAUAAAAUUAAUCAGCACCUUCUGACCAAUCAGGAAAACAUCACUCAGUUUCCUGAUAAAUUACUGCUGCUGCGGGAGAAGUAGUCAGCUGUUUUGAUCCGAGGCAGCAGGACGCCACAAGUGCAUGGACACAUCUCUGAACAGGGAAGAAGACGACUGGUGCGGCUUUACUUCUAAGCUAGAUAUCCAUAUGGAAAUGACUGGUGAACAGUAGCGAUGCCUGAACCUCCUGAUAUAUUUAUUGCACAGUUGAUCAUUUGGUAACUCCGAGGAUAUCUUUCAGCACAGAAGAUGGAGACAUGUCAAGAUGACUUGCUGCAGCAGCUCAGGAAACUUUCCCUGUCAGAGCAAGAAGCAAAAAUGAAGGUGGAGGAGCGUGAAGCUCAGAUACAGGAGCUCCAGGACACGAUCACAGAGCUCCACCAGGAGAUGUCCCUUAAGGACCAGGACAAACUCAGGCAGCUUCAGCAGCUUGUCCAGCUCGAAUCCAGGGUCAAGGAGCUCACGCAGGAGAAUGGUUGUGUCCAGUUACAGAGCUCAGAACAGACCAUCGCUCAGCUCAGACACCAGGCCAGAGACAGAGCUACGAGCACCAGUGUGUUACACAGAGAUGUGUCCGGCGAUCACGGAGCUGAAAGAGGACUAGAACUUUUGAAGAGUGAGUUGACGCAUCGUGACUCAAGCAUCCAGAAGCUCCAGAGGGAUCUGCUUCUGUCUCAUCAGGCCCGCGACUCCCAGAGCGCUCAGCUGGACGUCCAGGAGCAGAGGCUGUGGGAGCUGCAGAGGGAGCUGCAGGAGAAGCAGCAGGAGCUGCGGAGAGGACACAACCGCCUCCAGCAACUCAGCACUGAGCUCCAGAGCAAGACGAGGAACGCUCAAGAGCUGCAGGGUCAGCUGCGUGAGGUGAGAACACGUCUGGUCCAGGUGGAGGCUGAGAAUGAAGCUCUGCUGGGAUAUAAACGUCUCCAUGCGUCCGAGGUGGAGAAGCUCAGUGCUGAGCUGUGCUCCAUACAGAGAGGAAGUGAAGAAGAGCAGGAGACUCAGAGGAAGUUCAGGGAGCUUCAGGCAGAGCUCUCAGCCACUCGGGCUCGGCUUAGCGACUGCCAAGACGGGACUCAGGAGGCCCAGGAGAGGGCAGAUGAACAGAUCCAGCAGCUGCAGGAGGAGGUGUCCAGGCUGAAACUGCAGCACCAAUGCGUCAAUCAGCAACUGCAGGAGCGCAGUCUGGAGCUGCGGAGUCUCCAGAAGGCCCACGCCGAGCUGCAGGUCCGAGACAAAGAGUGCCAGAGAGAGCUGAGACGUAUCAGAGAGGAUCUACACAACGCCACCCUGAGGGCAGAAGAGCAGCGUCUGAAAGAGGUCCAGAUUGAUGAGCUCCAGCGAGAAGUUGACAGGAUGCUGACCUUGCUGGAGAAGGACAGAGAGGACAGCAGUCAGGUGGAGGAGGUAGAAAGACUGAAGGACGAACAGCAGCGACUCAAGAACAAGCUCGACGAGCGCGACGACAGCGUAGCCGCUCUGACCCUGGAGGCGGAGUCUCUGAGACAGAAGUUGCGUAGCCGCGAGCAGGAAGUGGCCAACCUGUGCCAGCAGCUCAUCGGCUCCCAGGAUGCACUGCAGCAGGUGACUGGUGAGCUCAGGAGCUGCCAGAGAGGGCUCAGAGAAUGGGAGGCUGAGAGAGGAGGACAGGAGGAGAGAGAGAUGGAGCUGAAGGAUGAACUGAACCAGCUACAGCAGCAGUACACCAGCUGCUACUCCCAGCUGGUGGAGGAAGAAGCUUUGGUGUCCAGCCUGAGGACUGAGCUGCAGCAGGCUGAAGGUCAGAGAGAGACGCUGGUAUCUCAGCUGCAGGAGCAGGAACAUCAGCUCCAUCUGCUCACAGAGAAACAUCACGCUGCUCAGCAGGAGGUGGCCUCCAGAGACGACGCCGUGCUGAAGCUGACCGCUGAACUGAGUGUUGCUCAGGAGCGUCUGUCCUCCAAACACAACGAGGUGGAAUCUAAAGCUGAGGAGCUCACGACCUUGGAUGAGGAAGUGAGAAGAUUACAGAAGCUCCUGAACCAGAGAGAGGAGACGCUGGAGGAGGAAAAACGAAAAAAUGUCCAGCUUCACUUAGAAAAAGAAAAUCUUCAUACAGAGUGUGAGAGCCAGCGGGAGGCGAAGCGUGAACUCAGCGCCGAGGUACAGCAGUGGCAGCAGGAGGCGCAGGGCCAAAGGGAGAGCCGGGAGAAGGAGGUGCAGGGGCUGAGGAGCGAACUGCGGGAGGAACAGAGUCGCCUCCAUCAGCACAGAGCCAAUCUGGAACGUCUGCACAGAGAGCUGGAGGCGACACAGAGACAGCUGAGAGACGGCGAGGACGAGGUCUCCCGUAAGGAAGCGGCUCUGCGCUCUCAGGACUCGGAGCUGACUCGGCUGAGGGCUGAUCUAGCCGAGGCUCAGAGAUGGGCGUCUGACUCAGAGGCCCGACUGCAGCCACUCAGCGAGUCUGUGCAGCUUUACAAGCAGAAAUACCAGACCUGUGUGAGCAGGAUCUCAGAGCUGGAGAGCAAACUGCAGAGCCACGAGGAUGACCAGAGGCAGGACAGAGCUCAGGUGCUCGAGCGGGAGGAGCAGGUGGUGCGUCUGCAGGCGGAGAUCGUGGCUCUGCACGGUGAUGUGGAGGCGCGCUGCGCUCAGCUGGAGAGCGGAGACGAGGCCCUGACCGCUCUGAGCCGGCGGCUGAGAGACACACAGAGGGAGCUGGAGAUAAGCCACGCCCACGCACAGGAGUGUGAGCUGGUCAUCGACUCACUGCGAGACAACGUGGCCACCCUGCGCUAUCAGGUGGAGGAGAAGGAGGAGGCGGCGCUGAAGCUCCAGUCUGACUUCUCUCUCUACAGAGCCACUCACCUGCACUCCCACUCAGACUACCAGUCCCAAAUUUGUCGCAUCCACGAACUGGAACAGGAGUUGUCCCAGGCCCUGGAGCGCUCUGGAAUCUGUCACUCAGAGCUGGAGAAGCUCAAAGAGGAAGUUCAGGCGCAGAAGCAGCUCAGAGAUGGCAGCCUGGCGGAGGUGCGAAGACUGCAGGAGUUGAUGAGGAAGCUCCAGGCUGAUGCUGUGUGUGAGGCUCAGAGCAGACAAGCUGACGUGGACACGCUGGAGCUCAGAGUCACCGAACUAGAGGAACAACUAGAGGCAGCUCGUAGGCAGUGUGUACAGAAGGAGCAGGCCGUUCAGAAGAGAGACGCGCUCCUGAGGCAGUCCGAGACAGACCUGGUCCAGGCUCGGGAUAAGAUCCGAGGUAAGGCGGCAGAGGCAGAGAGGAACACCGCCACGGUUCAGGCUCUACAGGCAGACCUGAGGCAGGUGAAGAAAGAGAAGAGAGAGAGGGAGAACGAGUGCGGUAAGCUGCGCACACAGCUGCUGCAGAUGCGUGAUGAGCUGAAAGAGGCCCGGAGCAGCUGCAGAGACAGUGCACAGGAACUGGCUCGUCAUGAGGAGAAGGUGCUGCUGCUGGAGGGCGGGCAUCAGCGGGCGCAGGAGCAGUUGGCAGAGCGGGUAGCCGAGGUGGUCCGUGCUGAACAGACCCAGAGGAGACUUCAUGCCGAGCUCAGGAGAGUCCAGCAGAGACUGGACACCAGUGAGCAGGAGCUCCACGACUGCAGGACUCAGCUGGAGCAGGUGAAGCUGGAGGCCAGCAGCAGCAGGCAGGCUCUGCUCAGCGCCCAGCAGGAGGCUUUACGGCUGCAGCAGGAGAACCAGGAGCUUCAGGAGGAGCUGAGAAGCACCAAAGAGACCUUAACACACAUGCAGGAGCAGCUGAAGGAACACUCAGUGGCUGCUCAGGCUCUGCGUGUGGAGCUGGCACAGGAACAGGCCUGGCAGCAGGAACAGCUGGAUUGGGUACAGAGGACAUGUCAGAGAGAGAGCAGCCUGGAGACUGAGAGAGACCAGCUCAGAACUGACCUGGAAACAGUCAGAAAACAGCUACAGGAGCAGUUGUGUGAGCUGCACAGCAUCACCCUCAGGCUGCAGGAGGAAGAAGCAGACAAGCGGACGCAGCUGCAGGAGAGAGACGCUCGCAUCCAGACUUUCAGCCAAGAGCUGUCUGAGCGUAGUCAGGAGGUGACAGGCUUGCAGCAGCGUCUGAUCCAGCAGGAAGAGAGAAACACAGAGCUGAGUACAGAGCUACAGCAGCUGCGCAGUCACAGCCGCCUCUCUCAGGACGAGACUCGGGCAUUCGAGACGCGUCUGGCGGAGCUAAGCGGCCAGCUGGGACGCGCUCAGCUCUGGGGUCAGCAGCAGCUCGUCACCCUGGAGUCCAGAGAGGAGGAACUGGUGCUCCUGAAGGUGGAGGUGUCCUCCCUCAGAGAGAACUACCACUCCAAAGUAGCUCAGUUGGAAAGCUUACACGCUGAGCUGGACUCUGUAGAACAGAAGUACAGGGCCUCUGUGAGUGAGGUGGAGGUGUUGAGGCAGGCGUUGAGCGACGCCCGCACUGACAGUUCCCGUCUGCACAGAGAGAGCGAGCUGGUGGUCACUAACGUCAACCAGUGGGUCAAAGAGCAAAAACAGGCCAACGAGAAGCUGGGCCUCAAAAUCAGAGACCAGAGCAAGAAGAUCAUCCAUCUCACGGCUGAAAAGGAUCAUCUGCAGGAGAACGUGGAGAAGCUGCAGGCGGAGAUCCGGAGGUUGAGGGCGGAGCUCGAUGAGCAAAGAAUGGAGGCAGAGAGAUACAAGACGUUUCAGUCCCUGAGCUCGAGCGAUCAGCCUCACAGCCAUCAUCCUCCUGCACUAUCAGGAAUGUUGAGCCAUCAGCGGGAGACGCUGAGCAGGAAGAAGCCUCUGGCGUUGCGUCUGGAUCGGAGCUGAGGUGUGUGUACAGAGCCACGCCCGGCCCCAGUUUCGCCGCUGAAGUGGCACAGAGAGUCGCUCGAAGGGAACUGGAGAGAAGGACCCAAUGUAGCUGGGAGUUUCCAUCACAUCGCUCACUGAAUGUUCAAUAUCUCAGGGAUUCUCUGUGAGACUCUCUUAAAAAAAAAAAAGUCCUCCAGGAUUAAUGGAGUAAAUAUCUGAAGAGAACUGAUGGAGAACAUUGGGUUUGUUUAUACUUCUGUUUAUUUGCUAAACCUGUUCGACUUGAAUAAUAUCAUGACACCGUGAUCGAUGCUGUACCGUAAAAGAUGAUGCCGUUUUUCUUUAAGCCGUGAAAACGGGCUCAGGUUUGGUUUUUCCGAGCGCCGAGUGUCAGCGUGUGUUAAUCAUCCUGAAACUUGUUUAGCUCUGAGGUAAGUGAAGACGCGAGCCGUUAUUGCGGCUUCGGCUGUGUUUGUUCACCGCCGUGAUAUUUAAUGUAAUAUUUUUUUGACAUUUCAGCAUUUGUCGUAAAUUUCUCCGAGGCUUUGGGAUGAAAACUUUUCCGACCCGCAGGGAUUGGAAACCUUUAGGAAAGGAUUUUAGAAACACACAGUCUCUGUUUUUAGAGUCUGAUCUUUUUCACGAUGCCGAUGUCAGUUUCUCUGAACAUAAAUCCAGCAGUGUGUGUGUGUGUGUGUGUGCGCGCACUAUCUGUGUUUUGUGUGAUGUUUUCUUUGUUCAUGUAACCAUAGUGCACAUAGUAACCAGCAUCAUAUUAGUGACCGAUCACGUGGGCAGUAAUGUGUAUUUACAUGCAGGUCUCGUCUCUCUCUGUUCCCGUGUCAGAACCCGUACGCUCCGGGUCGGUUCGAGCCGUAACUGCUGAUCUCUGAGCCGUGAUCUCGGCACGAGGAGACCGUCCUGCUCUGCUCAGGCAAAAUCAAUAAACAACACUCUCCUUCACCCAGCACUCGAUACACAACACUUAAGGUGUCUGUGAAAAGUAAAGAAUGCCAAUAAUUGUUAUUAAUGCCCUGAAAAGCGCAGAGUUUAAGGCUAAUACUGUCUUUUACUGACUAACACUCACUGUGACUUUAAAUACUAGUAAUAAUAAUAAUAAUAAUAAUUAUAAUAA